AUGAAGUGUUUUUCUUAUUUCAAGGAAAAAGCAAGCAACAACAGAGUGCAAAAAUCAGCUCCAAUUCUAAGGCAACAGAGCCAGUCUGAUGUAUCAGAGGCUAAAAGGGUCACCAAAUCGUCUGCUUCGCCUCGCAGCAUACCCGAAUUGUACGAGGAAAAAGCUCAUAAUUUGAGAGUUUUCACGUUUUCCGAGCUAAAACAGGCGACCGAUAAUUUUAGCAGGUUGCUUAAAAUCGGUGAAGGUGGCUUUGGGUGUGUUUACAAGGGAACGAUUAAGCCGGUUGAUGAAAAGGGUGAGUCUCUUGUUGUGGCUGUUAAGAAAUUGAGCAGAAAUUGUUAUCAGGGACACAAACAGUGGCUGUCUGAAGUUCAGUUUCUAGGCAUAGUCGAGCAUCCAAAUCUUGUCAAGCUAAUCGGGUAUUGCGCGGUGGAUGGGGAAAGGGGUAUACAGAGGCUACUCGUUUACGAGUAUAUGCCUAAUAAAAGCUUGGAGGAUCAUCUCUUUGACGAGGCAUUUCCUGUUUUGUCGUGGGAUUGUAGAUUGCAGAUAGUUCUUGGGGCUGCUCGGGGAUUAGCUUAUCUCCAUGAAGAACUACAAGUUCAGGUCAUAUACCGAGAUUUCAAGUCGUCCAAUGUGCUGUUGGACUGCGAUUUCCAGCCGAAGCUCUCGGAUUUUGGGCUCGCCCGUGAGGGCCCCACAGCGGGCCAUACCCACGUCUCGACCGCGGUCGUCGGGACACAAGGAUAUGCGGCUCCCGACUACGUAGAAACAGGGCACCUCACCUCGAAGAGCGACGUGUGGAGCUUCGGCGUGGUCCUGUACGAGAUCCUAACCGGGAGGCAGUCCCUCGAUCGGGACCGGCCGAGGCACGAGCGGAAGCUUCUAGAUUGGGUCCGCGGCCGGAGGUUUGGCACGAUCAUGGACCCGCGGCUCGAGGGUCGAUACUCGCCGGGCGGGGCCCGCAGGGUCGCCAGGUUGGCCGACAGCUGCCUGGCGAGGAGCGCCCGUGACCGGCCCAAGAUGAGCAUGGUAGUCGAGAGGCUAAGUGAGAUAAUCGACCUCUCGUCGGCGACCGAAAGCGACAACGAGUGCAAAAAGACGGAAAUACCCGCCGAGCGGGUCGGGCCUGUGGAGUCGGCCCAGAGGAGGAUGGCCCACCUGGCGAAGAUUAGCGAGCACGUGGGCGGGGUCAACCGGAGGAAGUUCAAAUUUAGGGUUACUUGA